AUGCCAUACUAUGUCCAUAUAGCAGCGAAAGGCGCUCUCAACAACAACCACCUUCAUGUCCUCACCACCGUUAGCCGGGAGGCUGCGGACUAUUUCUACCGACAACUGCAACAGCACACUCCCUUGAGGGCAUUGGGUCAUACUCCAAUUAAAACAACCUACUACUCCCCCACAUUCUGGUCGAUCGACCCAACCUACGACGAUACCAUCUCGUUAUUGAACAAUCUCGUCAGCGACAUCGACAAGGGCACGAACGGGCAAAUCCCCGAGGCAGCUCAAAAUUAUCUGAAAGGAAAACUCUUCAUCGGUCCCCUUACCGGCCAGAUAACCGUCAACCCGACCUAUGUUUCAGAUGACAAUAGUUCUGGCAACAUCAACAAUCGAUGCUACUACAUCCGCAACCGACAUACACCAGAGUGCUGGUUUGUGUCUCCCGGUGCAGUCGAAGUGAAUGUUUCUAUAUCGAACCGUUCGAAAUUCCACGUUCAAAUUUGCCCUGAAAAUGGAGAACCUCUGGUCCUAGUCGGUGGAGAUGUUAUCCAGCUCAUGUUGAUCGUACCGGACAACGCACGCCGGUUUGUGUGCGUUUCGACGGACAACUACUGUUUGAUGUGCUUACCCGGCAACGUGACGCCUUCUUUUAAGUUCCACUUCUAUGAAUUGAGGAAAGGGUGGUUCGGUGUUUCUACAUCGUUAUCGAAACCGGGCAGUUCUGUGCAGUGGACACCGACUCACUCUCUGAGUAUGGAAGGGCCGGGGGAGGAUUGGGUGCUCCUUGCUUCGGAGGAUAUACCUUGCUGA